AUGGCACGACACAGUAACCAGCAGCCUCAACCUCCACAAGUCCCUGUCCCUCUAGGAACGGUGCCGAUUCCUGGACUACCGGAUAUGCAAGCCCUUCAAUCGCUCUUGGCAGCCUUGGGACCAAAUGCGAUGGCUAUUCUUAGCUCGAUGCAGGGUGGAAUUCCAAUGCACCACAUACCUCAACAUGCCCCACAGCCUUUACUAGCAGCUCUCCCACCUCCGGCUCCUGUUAUCGACCCACAACCCCGAGCUGAACUACCACUGAAUGCGCUCAACCACGUCCUUCAACGGCUUGAGACCAUUGAGAAGUCGCUCAAGCGCCCACAACAUGAUGAAGACAACAAUGCCGAUGAUGAAGGAGACGACCGUAUCCGUGUUGCGAUUUACAACCUCACUGGUAUCAUUGCCUCCGAUAUCGGGAAGCCAAAGGACUCGGAUGACAAAGAUUCUUCUGACGACAAGGAUGAGACCCGAGAUGACAGACUGCUGAUGUUUGAUUUCCGAGCAGAUGUCAGUGCCCCACAGAAUAGCAAUAUAUGCGAGAUAGCUGCAGAAAUUGUAUGGAUGGAGCAACAGGCUAACAAAGAAUCUUUCAACUUGAUGCACAAGGACAUCAACUUCAACAAGGCCAAUAUUCUCAUGUUCACAAAGGAUAAGUUCAGGAACUACAAAUGCAAGUAUGAUGAACGCACACAUGUAGAAAAGGGUAAGACAUGCCAGAUGAAUGAGGGUCGUUUGAAGGCCAUCAAACUGUUCAAGAAGUGCAAUGAUGGACAGGAUCCUUCCCUGCUCAUGGAGACCGACUUCAUGUCAGAGGAAGUCUCGCAGUUGGACACGGACGAUGAUUUUAACUCUGUCAUGGACAAACUCGAUCAGAUACGGGCCGAGCAGCGGAAGAAAGCAGGAAACAAAGCGACUUGUACCAGAUGCAUCAACCUCAACAACAAGAAUACAGCACCCCCUCAGCAGCCCAUCUUCCCUUUCAUGCUCAACAUGGACUGGUACAAGGCCUAUGUUGACGACAACCCUGGCAUGAAAGUAGUCGUACUCAAGAAAGAUCCCAUUGGGUUUGGCCUAGUAGAUGAGCCGAAUGAGACAGCUGAUGACUCAGGAGCAAAAACCACAGACACGAUGGAUGUGAACGGUGAUGGCACUGAUGGGGAAGAUGAAACUGCUGAGGAUGCACGACUCUAG